GUAGGCCAAGCGAUGGUAAAUGCUUCUAUCGAGUUGAAGGCGGCUAUGACAAAAGCGGUGCUGACUGCCUUGAGUGGAUUUAACGACAUGGUGAACAACAUGGAAAUCAAGACGAAGACUCUCCUGCAGGACAGAGUUCGAGUUGGAUUUUUUGGUGACAGGAAAGCUCAGAUUGCUGAACUUGCUGACCAGGCAGCCAGAGGAAUCGUGGAUUUUUACCACAGUUUAGCAGUGAGGUCUGUCAACGAUGCCAUCAUGAAAGUGAAUGACCUCUUUAUCGCUCUCUACGUUAUUGAGAAAAUAAAUCCAAACGCCGAUGCACGUCCCAUCGUGCGACGCUUGGCGGAGUCAGUAAGCCAGACUGUUAAAGACACCAUGCAGCCAGAGGAACCCAACCCAGAAGACGCCGUUGCACGCGCUAUGCGAAAAGCCGCUGAACAGAUGGUCUUAGAUUACAACGAUCUUGUCCGGCUUGUCAACAAUGCUUGAUUUCAAGGG